CCGAUCAGCCCUUACCCAACCAGGCAGUCGAAACGGGUCUACCGUGGUCAACUGACCCGACCUCAGGUGGUUCGGAUCGGGAGCUCGGGGGUGAGUUUGGUAUGCAGCGGGCGCGGCCGAGUGGGAGACGAUUCCAGCGCCAGUCAAGAAAGAGAGAAGGAAAGCGAGCGCGCGAGGGAGAGAUCGAGCCGUUCGGUGACCGUGCACGACUGGCGACGUGAGGGUGGGAAAUCCGGACGAAGGCGAAUUGUCGAGGAUUGGAGAUGGUCACCGUGGCAAUGACUUCUUGGUCGCCAGCUGCAGUGCCGGCCAUGGCAGCUGCGAGGCCUUGUAUUUGCCGAUCAGCCAGUUCAUGCUCCUCGCUCCUCGGUGCAGCGGUGCAUGGCUCUGCGUCGAGUCCUGCCUUUCAGCAAAAUCGGGCUUCUCUCUCACUGGUUCAUAUUCAACCACGGCGAUCGCAGAGAGGACCACGGAACUUAGCGGUCCGCGGCCUGUUUGGUUUAGGUGUACCCGAGCUUGCUGUGAUUGCUGGUGUUGCUGCAAUUUUGUUCGGGCCGAAGAAACUCCCUGAGAUUGGGAAGAGUCUGGGGAAAACGGUGAAGAGUUUCCAGCAGGCUGCUAAGGAGUUUGAAUCAGAAAUAAAAAAUCCGCAACAAGGUGAGUCAUCGGACGCGGAGACUACAAACGUAGAGAAACCAACGGCUACACCCGUUUCAUCACCAACCUCAAGUACAGGUUCCGACAAAGAGGUUCUCUAAGAAUUCAUUCAGAUUUUAGACUUUUGUGAUAAUAUUAGUAGUGCCAUAGAAGUUUAAAGGUAAAAAGGUCAGAGGCCGGAGUUGUAUGCUCGGCUGUUUUUCCACGUGAAGACUAAGCGAGCCUUGGCCUAUUUAUCGACAGUGAGAACUCACAGUGUUACUCUUAUUGUGAAAUAGAUUUCCAAGUCCAAAUUUUUUCAUGUCAUUACAUGCACAUACUUUAGGUGGUAGUUAGGGUCAUGACACGGUGUACGUAGAUUAUCUUGAACACUGAAAGUAUGCCGUGUAAGCUUUUGUACUAGACUGGUGAAGUGGUAGUAGACAAUGUAUCCUAGUCUCCCGAUGAAACUUGCUUUCAUUGAUUGCUCUGUUUCGAUUGAACACAGACGAUCUUUCAUUAGCAAUCAACCUAGGUUUCUGCAUCGAUUCUCACCCUGCCUUUCCAGAUUAGUUCUUCUUUGAAGUGACUUUUUAUCGAUCUUAGUUCAAUGAAUGCUUGUGUUGAUCCACUUAGAACCAUGAUAUAGCAGAAAAGAUAUGGCAAUCUUAUCCGAUAAUCAGUCACGAACAGUAGCAACAUGUUUGGGGAC